CUUUUCCACUAUAUUUCCCUCAAAAUUUAAAAAUACUCCAAAUAUCCCCCUAUUUUGCAUUUGCACUACCAUCUCUUUCUUCAAUCAACUCUUGAUUUGUUGUUUACUUGAAAAUUAAUCAAUUCGUCGACUUUGUUUAUUCCAAAAAAAAAAAACAAAAAUAGUAAAUCAGCACAUUAAGCUCUCUUUCCAGGAACCUUCCUUCUUUCUUUCUCUAUGUCAUAUUUUCAUCCAUUGCCGGCUCCAUUCUCCAACACCUAUCUCAGAGCAAGAAUAAAGCAAAAUAAGCCUAAAUUCAAGGACCCUUUUUUCUAUAUGUUAUACAGACACACAGAAAUAUACACUAUUUUAACUUCUUGCUACUAUAUUUGUAGGAUAAGCAAUUCGGAUGGUACUAAUUUUGCUUAACAAAAGUGGAAAUCAGUUAAGAGGAAGAUUCCAUUAGCCGACUUGUUGAUUUUUAUCUGUUGACCCACUUUGACUAGUUGCUGAAUUGGUCUCUUUUAGUGUACUGACCAAGUAUAUUUGUGUUUGAGCAUCUAAGGAUAUUGUAAGGUGAACUGAAAAUGGGAUCUAUUGGGGAGAAGUUAGAGCUUGAAUUCGACGAGGAGAUUCCGUUUAGCUCAUCUCAGGCAACAAACAAAAUAGAUAGUCUGCAUUUUGAGGCACCUCAUAUUGCAUCACCGAGAAGUUAUUGCUCAACUAGGGUCUUAAGAAAGAUGUAUCAGAUCAGCCUUCUAAGGAGUAUAUACAUUGUUAUUAUCAAAGCAAAGAUCAAUGUAUUACUUCCUUUUGGCCCCCUGGCCAUAUUGCUACACUAUGUUACAGGAAAACAUGCUUGGGUCUUUUUCUUCAGUUUACUGGGUAUUACACCUUUAGCUGAGCGCUUGGGCUAUGCGACUGAGCAGCUCGCGUUCUAUACCGGGCCAACAGUUGGGGGCCUUCUGAAUGCUACGUUUGGAAAUGCAACUGAAAUGAUAAUCUCACUAUAUGCAUUGAACAACGGAAUGAUGCGGGUUGUUAAACAAUCCUUGCUGGGUUCCAUUUUAUCGAAUAUGCUCUUGGUGCUUGGCUGUGCCUUCUUCAGUGGUGGGAUUAUUCAUCACCAGAAGGUUCAGGUGUUCAAUAAGGCGACUGCCAUUGUGAACUCAGGGUUGUUGUUGAUGGCAGUCAUGGGCUUGUUAUUUCCAGCUGUACUUCAUUUCACCCACACGGAAUUGCAUUUUGGAAAGUCAGAGUUGGCUCUUUCAAGAUUUAGCAGCUGCAUAAUGCUUAUAGCAUAUGCAAGCUACCUAUUCUUUCAGCUCAAGAGUCAACCAGAUCUGUAUAGCUCUGUGAGCGAGGAAGAAAAUAAUUUAGAAGAUCUUGAAGAAGAGGCGCCUGAGAUAACCCAGUGGGAAGCUAUUGCGUGGCUUGCUGUUUUGACAAUAUGGAUAUCAGUGCUGUCUGGAUAUCUAGUAGAUGCCAUCGAGGGUGCAUCUGACUCGUUGAGCAUGCCGAUGUCCUUUAUUAGUGUCAUCUUGCUUCCAAUCGUAGGAAAUGCAGCAGAGCACGCCAGUGCAAUCAUGUUUGCCAUGAAAGAUAAGCUUGACAUCACACUUGGAGUUGCAAUUGGGUCCUCUACUCAGAUAUCAAUGUUUGUGAUACCAUUUUGUGUUGUCGUUGGUUGGUUUAUGGGAAAGCCCAUGGACUUGAAUUUCCAGUUAUUUGAGACUGCUACCCUCUUCAUCACAGUGCUAGUCGUGGCAUUCAUGCUGCAGGAAGGUACAUCAAACUAUUUUAAAGGGUUGAUGCUGAUCCUAUGUUAUCUGAUUGUUGCUGCAAGUUUCUUUGUACACGUUGAUCCAUCCAAAGAUGGAGACUAAGUAGCCCAUGGUUAUACCCAUAGCUCAGCCGAAUGAGGUCAUCCGCGACUCCUGGUAAUGAAAUGAAUAGCAUUGAGUCUGGCCAGCUGCACUACCCAAAUGAUGAUUGGGUUGGAGGAAUGAAGGGACUUGCUUGUUACAACAGAAUGUUCAAAGUAGUUGGCUAUUGACUUUCUUGAAUGUUUACCAUUGUUGUAUCAUUUUUCUCUAGCAGACAACAAUUCCAUUAUUCCCAGCAAUGCAAGAAAGCUGGGUUUAGUUUUCCAAUUGGAGAGAAAAAAGAUAGAAGAAGGGUUGAAGGUAUAAAACAAAUAUAUUUAUUCUUUUCUUUCUUUCUUUCUUCAAAUCAUUCCAAAUGUCAGAGUUCGGAGAUGUAACAGUUGUAAAAAAAGAAAUCAUUGUAAUCCUUGGAAAAAAAUGUCAUCAAUGAGUUGUAAGGAGAUAUAUUGCACUUCACUCUUGCACGUAGGGUGCUUGUCAUGA